AUGGCGUCGGUAUCGCCACCAAAGCCGUGGGAAAGGGCUGGCGCUGCUGCGGGAAACACACUCUCCACCGCUCCCACUGCCGGCGUCCCCUCAUCCUCAACCGCGAUGACUACCACCAAUCCAGUCUCUUCCGCGGGAAACCCCACAACCAACACAUCAUCAGCAGUCCCCGACCUCCCCUCCCGCCCCAGCACCCUCAACUCCGUCGUCAACAACACCGCCUCCAACUACUCGCCCUACGGCGCCUCCCGCUUCGGUGCUAGCCCCUACGGUGGUGGCUACGGCGGGAUGGGAGGUUACUCAUCACCGUAUUCCCGAUUUGGAUCAAUGGGCUCCAUGUACGGCGGGAUGGGCGGUUACGGUGGUAUGGGCGGAAUGUAUGGCGGGAUGGGCGGAAUGGGAGGCAUGUAUGGCGGCAUGCCAGGCCAGGAUCCUAAUGAUCCCAACAGUCUCACCAACUCAUUCAGCCAGAGCACCCAAGCGACGUUCCAGAUGAUCGAGAGUAUCGUCGGCGCGUUUGGGGGCUUUGCGCAGAUGCUGGAGAGUACCUAUAUGGCUACACAUUCAUCUUUCUUCGCCAUGAUCUCGGUCGCUGAGCAAUUCGGUAACUUGCGCAAUACCCUCGGCUCGGCUCUGGGCAUCUUUGCUAUCAUUCGGUGGUUCCGUACCCUGCUUGCCAAACUCACCGGUCGUCCUCCACCAGCAGACGCCACGUCCUUGACGCCGUCUGCCUUUGCAGCGUUCAUGGGGGGUCGCUCCGUGCCCGCCACUUUACCCGACGGUAGUCCGGCACCGCCCAAGCCAUCGAAGAAGCCAUUUUUUAUGUUCCUGGUCGCUGUGUUCGGCCUUCCCUAUCUGAUGAGCAAGCUCAUCAAGGCCCUGGCCCGGUCCCAGGAAGCAGAAGCCCGCCGCCGCCAACAACUCGUCGGCCCCAAUGGCGAGCCCCAGUCCGCAGCACUGGAUCCCUCCAAACUCGACUUCUGCCGCGUGCUGUACGACUACACUCCCGAGUCGCAGGAUGCCAACGGCAUUGACCUUGCCGUCGCGAAAGGCGACAUCGUCGCCGUCCUCAGCAAAUCAGACCCCAUGGGCAACGCCUCGGAGUGGUGGCGCUGCCGCGCCCGAGACGGCCGCGUCGGCUACCUGCCCGGCCCAUAUCUUGAAACCAUCCAGCGGCGCACCGCACAGCAGGCUAUCACGACAGGCAGCGAGCCUGCCACCCGCACCAGCACGAUGAAGGGCGAUGGUGCCGCCGAAGGCCGCGCACAGAGCAUGUCCUCGCUGUCCAAGCCCGCCGAUGAGAAAAAGCCAGAACUUAAGGGCAAGAUGGGCGAUAUCUCGCCGGAGAGUUUCCAAAAGAGUACUUUCUACUCAUAG